AUGGUGAAAACACGUUCGUCUACUUCUCCAUCUGCGUCAUCCAAGGCGAUGAAUCUGAAGAACAAAUCAAAAGAAACAAUGUCUGAGGGUAGUAAUAGUGGAGAGUCUGAUCUUUCUUCGAAGAGGAAGAGGAAUAAUGCUGGGUCUAAGAAGGGGAAAUCUGCAGAUCGUCCUUUGAAAAAGAUGAAGCAGGUGGUUGAAGAAGACGAUGUUGAAUAUGAUAAUGACGAUUUGGAGAUUCGAGUUCCAGAUAGUAUUAAGAACCAUCAUUUUUCUGGGAUUAUGAAUAUUGAUACAAAUAAUGAGGAACAACACUCCAACAAUCAAAGGAAUGAAGAAAAUCAAGAAGCUACAAAUGAUUACGCUGUAAAAAUAAUGCAAAUUCAUUCCAACAUUCCUGAUGAUGAGAUACCAAAGGUUAGUAUGGAAUUUGAAACUGAAGAACAAGCUUAUAAUUUUUAUAAUGUUUAUGCUUAUAAAGUUGGUUUUAGCAUACGGAGAAGCAAAAGUCAUAAGGAUAAUGAAAAUGGAAAAAUAAAAAAUAGAACUUUUUGUUGCUCAUGUGAAGGCUUUCGUGAGAAAGAUAAACAGAAUGAUAAUGUGAAAUGUCAUCGUGCUACAACAAGAUUUGGUUGUUUGGCGAGGAUGAAGAUAAAACUUCAUCAAUUUGGAAAAUAUCAAGUUAUUGAAUUUAAUGCAGAGCAUACACAUGUGACUUCAAGCCCUAAUAUGAGUCACUUACAUAGGUCACAAAGAAGAAUAACCCCUGCUCAAGCAUCUGAAAUUGAAAUGGCUGAGAAUUCAGGAAUUGCUCCUAAAGCCAGUAUGGAACUAAUGAUUAGGCGAGCCGGCGGACACGAAAAUCUUGGAUUUAUUUUGGAUGAUUGCCGAAAUUACAUACGCACCAAAAGAACAAUUCAAAUGCGUGCAGGAGAUACAGGUGGUGUUCUUGAAUAUCUUCAAAAGAAGAAGUCAAAAGAUCCUAAUUUUUAUUAUGCAUUGCAAGCGGAUGAAGAUGAUUUGUUAACAAAUAUAUUUUGGGCGGAUGCACGAAUGAAGGAAUCAUAUUAUAACUUUGGUGAUGUUGUUAGCUUUGACACAACCUACAGAAAAAAUCAUGAUUGUCGACCUUUUGCUAUGUUUGUUGGGGUAAAUCAUCAUAAACAAACCACUAUAUUUGGUGCUGCAUUGUUAUAUGAUGAAACUACUGAAACAUUUAUGUGGUUAUUUGACACAUUUGUAGAAGCUAUGUCAGGGAAAAAACCAAAAACUAUUCUUACUGAUCAAGAUGCGGCAAUGGCAAAAGCAUUAAGAUCCCAAUGGCCAGAAACGUAUCACCGUUUAUGUAUCUGGCAUAUGUAUCAGAAUGCAGCUAAACACUUGAGUAGUGUUUUUGAAAGAUUUCGUGAAUUUGCUCAUGAUUUUGGAAAUUGCAUAUAUGAGUAUGAUGAAGAAUGUGAAUUCAUUGAGGCUUGGGGAAACAUGCUUGGGAAAUAUAAUCUUGAAAAUAAUGAUUGGUUGGCACAACAGUUCAAGGUUAAGGAGAAAUGGGCUUUAGUAUAUGGAAGAGAUACUUUUUGUGCAAAUAUGACCACUACACAGCGAAGUGAAAGCAUGAAUAAUGUACUUAAAAAGUAUGUCAGCUAUCAACACACUAUGUUGCGUUUUUUAGAGCAUUUUGAGAGGUUGAUUGAUGAUCGACGUUAUGAAGAGUUAAAAGCCGACUUUAGAGUAAGUCAACGUAAUUUGGCACCAUCACUUCCAAUUGAAAUUUUGAAUCAUGCAGCGAAUGUGUAUACCCCUGCAGUGUUGAGAAUGUUUGAGGUUGAGUUUUCAAAGGCUUAUAGUUGUGCUAUGGAACUUAUUACCGAGUUAGGAGUUAUGAGAGAAUAUAAGCUUACUCCGAAUGGUAAGUCUUUUCACCACACAGUUAAAUAUGAUUCAUCGAUUAAUACAACAUUAUGUAGUUGCAAGAAGUUUGAGUUUGCAGGAAUAUUAUGCUCACAUAUUCUUAAAGUCUUUUCCUUUCAUAAUAUUGUGAAAAUACCUUCUCAAUACAUUUUAAAGAGGUGGACAAAGCAUGCGAAGAUGGGAGUUACAAGUAGUACCUUUGAGAUUAAACAGGGAGAUGAUCCUAAAACAUGUUUGGCAUUACGUUAUCAAGAUUUGUCAAGAUCCUAUACUCAUAUUGUAACAAGAGCAUCAGUAAUUGAAAAAGCCUAUAAACUUGCUAGAGAUGGUUUUAAACGAAUUUCAGAUGAUGUGGAUGCUUGUUUGGAAGAAGAUACUGUUGGAAGAAAAGAGGAGAAUUGUACCGACGACAGAAUCAAUACAACAAUAAAAGGUAUAAAAAUAAAUAAUAAGAGAAUUCGUGGUAGUUCUUCUACACGUCCAAAAAAUGCUCUUGAGAAGAUGCGUAAAAAAACUAAAGUUUCUAAAAAAACCGUCUCUACAAAACAGGCUUCACAAGUCUUUCACAACAAUGAUCAAGUCAAUAAUAUAUAUGCCACUUUGUCAACCAGAUUUUUCAUUCCCGACUACAUCAUAUAA